AUCCAAGCCACCCAGUGGCAGGCGGGGCGUGGGGCUAACGCUGCGUGUGGAGGCGGCAGGGCAGGACCCGACUCGCGGAGACCAGGUCUGCGCGGGCCGAGUGAGGAGAUAGCCAGGCCAGUUCUGCAGGAGGAGGGCAGUGAGGGCUUGGUCGCCCGGCACCGCGCGCAGCUACCAGGAACCAGCAGUCCUCUGCCCUGCCUUCCUCCCCUCCUGCGCACCAUGGAGCGGCUGGGCCUCAUGCUGCUGCUUGCGGCUGCCGCCCUAGCGCAGGAAAACCCCCGGAUGCUGCGGGGUUUCCAGUGCCAGCUGCACUCCCAGCCCUGGGUCGUGGCGCUCUUUGAUGGGACCCAGUUCCGGUGCUCCGGCACCCUGAUACACAAGAAAUGGGUGGUGACGGCUGCACAGUGCCACACCGGCCGCCUGUUCCACGUCCGCUUGGGGGAGCACAACCUGCGGCAUCUCGACUGGACAGAGCAGCUGACCAUAAGCUCCCGGGUCAUCACCCACCCCUUAUUCGAUCCCAGCACCAGCCAGAACAACAUCAUGCUGGUGAAACUCCUGGUGCCAGCCUUGAUCAACCGCAACGUUCAGCCGCUCCCGCUGCCCAGCACCUGCCCCAUUCCCGAUUCGACCUGUGUGCUUGCUGGGUGGGGCAGCAACGCCUUCCCAAAAGCCAAGCGUGGCUGCAUCCGUCAGCGGCUGCACUCCGACGUCAUGCUCUGUGGGAACAUCACGGUGCUGCCUGACGACCUGUGCCGGGACACACACCCCAGGCUCAUCACCCCCAACAUGGUCUGCGCUGGCGUGGUCCACGGGGGCACUGACUUCUGCCAGGGAGACCCCGGCUCGCCGCUCAUCUGCCAGCAGGAGCUCCAGGGCAUUUCCUCCUGGGGCUUCGAAGGGUGCUCCCGCCCCAACCGGACGGGUGUGUUCGUCAAGGUGUGCAACUACGUCCCGUGGCUGCUGCAGACCAUGAAUUCCGUUUGCAGGCUCACAGGGAAAUCAGCCCGUCGGGAAAUGCUCCAGAUUAGGAAUGCGGCGGGAGAGAUCGUUAGAGCCAAUUACAAGGGCUCUGCUGUCACCCUCUGGGUACAGGCAGGGUGGCCACGAGGCAGAAAAACGACAUGCUCAUGCCGGCCUUUCCUGACUGCUAGUAAACCAGCGACGACGCCGACUGUUCCCAUCGCCACGGCCACCAUGCAGCUGCUGGUCCUCGCCGCACUGGUCACUGGGGCAGGGGCAGAUGCCUUCUCAGAUGGAGAGGGAUUUGGGAACCGGGUCAUUGGGGGGAAGCCCUGCCUCUUUGGCUUGCGGCCCUACCAGGUGGCUCUCGUGAAGGACAACCGCAUCUACUGCGGUGGAAGCCUGAUAGACAGGAAGUGGGUGCUCACUGCCGCACACUGCAGCAAAGACAUCAGCUCAGUGCAGUUGAAUCUGGGGGAUUAUAAUCUGCGGGUAAGCGAACCCACAGAACAGACUCGAAGAAUCUGCAACUUCUUCGUGCACCCUCGGUAUAAAUCCCGCCCUCACGACUACGACUUCAUGCUCCUGGAGUUGGAUGAGCCUGUUCAACUCAACAACUUCGUGCACACGAUCAGCCUGGCGACCCGUUGUCCCACCCCAGGAAUGCGAUGCAGCGUGUCGGGAUGGGGCACCAUCAAGUCCCCCCAAGAGCGGCUACCGGCCCUCUUGCAGUGUGCGGAUCUCUACAUCGUCAGCCAGGAGAAGUGCCAGCAGAAUUACCCGGGCAGGAUCACGGAGAACAUGUUCUGUGCUGGCGUGAAACAGGGUGGCGUAGACACGUGUCAGGGCGAUUCCGGAGGCCCACUGGUCUGCAAUGGGAUACUGCAGGGCAUAGUCUCCUGGGGAACGUCCGUCUGUGCCCUGCGGGGACGGCCUGGGGUUUACGCCAAUGUCUGCACAGCCGUCCAGUGGGUGAGGGACACCAUAAGGGGCAGGCUCCCCAAAUCAGACUGA